CGCCACCAAACGGUCCGUCGCUUCCGGGUGUCGUCAUCAUUCCGCCAUGUAGCUUUUAGCCGAUCUCGCAACUAGAAGAGCAGCAAAAGUGAUGGCGGAGGAGAGAAGUGGAGAGGACAUCGUCUCAGAGUACCUGGGCCAGAACCCCCACCUGGCCCAGUGGGUUGAAUCCUUCAGGGGCUAUUGUGAAACCAACAAGCAAUGGUUUGCCAGAAGGGAGUUUGUCCUGAGAAAUAUGGAGGCUUUCCCCACCAUUGAACCAGGGGUGCCCGGCAGCAGUCUGGACGGACUAUUGUCUCUGUCCAUGGUCUGGGCCAACAAUGUUUUCUUAGGCUGCAGGUACUCAGACGCUGUGAUGGUCAAGAUAAAGGAGAUGGGUGAAGGGAUCGUUGUCGAGGACGCCCCCGUCCGCACAACAAGAGAUGAGAUCCUAGCCAAAGGAAAGAGGGGCACUUCCUCUGGGGCCGACGGUGAAAGCUGUGCGAAGAAGGCCAAAGCGGGGCCCGGCGGAGGGAGGGCCCCGUGCCAGAAACAGGGCCCCUCGCCCCAGGCCCCGGCCCAGCACCAGCCCUUCUUCAACCGCCUCUACAAGGCCGUGGCCUGGAAGCUGGUCUCGGCGGGGGGCUUCGGCCCCAACCUGGACCACUACGAGAUCCUGCAGAGCUGCGUGGAGUCCUGCAAGCAGAACCUGGGCUGCGUGUUCGUGCCGCUGAAGGACAUUCCCGACCUGCCGGCGAGCCGCGCGCAGAAGGAGGGCCAGGUGUGCGAGCUGCGCUGCAGCACCGUGUACAUGGGCACCGGCUACGGGCGCGACGAGGCCGCAGCCAGGGCCAUGGCCUCCAAGGAGGCCCUCAAAGCCUUCCAGGGCCGCAAAGUGACUGUGAAGAUCUGCCGGCGGAGGUACAACGGGACGGACGUGGAGGACGUCAUGCUGCUGGACGAUCAGCCCCGCAGCCAGGGGUUCCCCCCGGCGCUGAGCUACCCCUUUCAGGCCGACUCCGGGGAGGACGGGGCGUCAUAGCAUGGACAACGCACACACUCCUGGAAGGGCUCACCGUGGCCUCGUCAGAAGCACUGGGAGGACGGUGGAGUGGUCCUUUUCGAUUGCCACGCCCAUCGAUCAUAGUAACACACAAUGUACCACCCGGCUGCUUUAGAGUUCCUGCAAUGCACUGUUUUAUUUUUGCACAUUGCCUCGUAUUACAGGUGGUGCAUCCUAAACAGCACCAUCUUUUUGUUUCCUUUAUCUGUUUGAUAAAGAAGAAUUCACUUCUUGAUUUGAUUUCAGUUGGAAUAAGUUGGGCUGCUACAAACGUGUUGGGAACUUGCUGUCAAAUGCUGAGGCUGUGUCCUGCUAUCUUUCAGAAGUGAUUCUGCUCGCUCCGUUAGCUUGUGAUGAUGCUUUGAUGAGGUAAAGUAAUGGAGAGAUAUGCCUUAUGAGUGCCCUAGAAUACAUAGCCAUUAACAGUACAAGUUUAGGCUACUGUUUUGUUGUUCUUUAUUUACUGUUGACCACCACUCAAUCCCAUCUCUGUGGACAAUAGUGGGGAUAUUCUGUUUGGUUAUUUGGGUUGAAGACAGUUAAUGUUCCGAUUAUUAUAUAUUGCGAAAAAGGAUUCUGCAGUGGUGUGUGUUUUCACUUAUCUUAAAAGAAAACAUUGCAAGUUUGUAAUGUGUAUGUUGUUCCAUUUCUAUAUUUUUUUAAAUAAACAUAUUUUCAAGGAAUUCAGUUUAAGAUUUGUUA